CCUCUCUCUCUCUCAAUCUGAGGUUUUUACUUACCUUAUAUGAUGUAGAGUGUAGUCACUACUACAAAGCUUGGUACUUCUAUUAAAUUCUCUCUGCGGCGGUGUGUGUAACCACCAUGAAAACACAUCACCCAAAGCUCAAAACAACAACACCACGACCACUGUUCUCUUGUGGUUUCUUUCGCCACUGCACUCAAACUGCACUUAGUCCCACCACUCCCAACCCCCAAACACUCCCUCUCUCAGGUUCUGAACCACCACCACCACCACCACCACCACUUCCUCCUCCACCUUCCUUUGACCCACCACCCCGACAACCACCACACCCCGAUUCAGAGUCAUCUUCAUCGUCAAACACGACCUCCCAAAGCUUCACCCAGUGGAGAUUUCCACUCCCAAACUCACCCAUAUCCUCAUAUCUACAACCCGAAUCUAACAAACCAGAACAUUGCCCUUCAAACCCACCACCUGACACCACCCAAAAAUCUGACCCACCACCACCGGUUUUAAAUGUGAACCUCCAAGAACAAUUCCACAUUGCGGAGCUCCAACUGAGCACUGGGUCCGAUUUGGAACGUGUCAGGGCGCUCCACAUGUUGGAGAGGUCACUUGUGCCAAACCCACGCGCCGCCGCUGACGGCCAAGACAACGUGUCUUGUCCACCUGUCGUGAUGAAAGGAGUGAUUGGGUACUUGAAGGACAUGGCGGGGGCGAAACCGGCAAGUAAAAUUUUGUUGGCUCUUUGUCUGGUGGAGAGCAACCGACACGUGGCGGUGGAAGCUGGGGCGGUCGGGGCGGUGGUGGAAUCGCUUGCGGACUUGGAGGGUCCUGCGGCAGAGAGAGCUCUGGCGUCGUUGGAACUGCUGUGCACGGUGGCGGAGGGGGCUGCAGAGGUUAGGACUCACGCGCUGGCUGUGCCUAUGAUGGUACAGGUCAUGGGGAGGAUGGAGGGGAGAGGGAAAGAGUAUGCACUGAGUGUGUUGGCGGUGAUUUUUGGUGGGUCCGGCGAUGGUGUGGCGGUGGCUCCUCCGGAGGCGAUGGCGCGUGCUGUUGUCCUAGCAAUGCAGGGGAAUUGUAGUGCUAGAGGGAGGAGAAAAGGGGCCCAGCUUCUGAAGACUCUGCAAGAGAUUGGACGGUUGGAUUUGACUCAAGUUGGAGAAUGAGUGGUCCUGAUGGUGAGUCUCACUAAGCUUUGAUUCAGUCAAAGUGAAUAUCAGUAGGGCAAGAAACCAUAACAAUUUUACUUUUGAUACAUUGCUUUGUCGUAAUAACAACUACUUCUACUCGAGCUUUAUUCUAUGACACACGAGACUUCUGCAAAUUAUUGAUCUAAAUUGUAAUCGAACUACUCUUCU